CGGAGGGGCGGGGGAGGCGGAGAAGGUUGGGUUGGAAUUUAGGGAGCGCUGGGAGUUGAGGGAGGGGCGAGGGGAUAUAAGGACACCGCCCCGCUCUGCCUCUCCAUUACGCUCCGGAGCGGUCGCCUAGUCUUCGCAAUCGCUUAUUGAGACUCCGCAAUCUCUCACUGCGUCAGCGGGCCCGAUGGCUCUCACCGUGAAGGCCUACCUGCUCGGCAAGGACGAGACCAACCGUGAGAUCCGGCGCUUCGCCGUCGACCCUGGCGUCUCGGCCAGCUUCGCGCACCUUUACCACAAGGUGGGCAGCGUCUUCCAGACUCUCCGCUCCGACACCUUCCAGAUGUAUUACAAAGAUGAGGAAGGGGACAUGAUUGCUUUCUCCAGUGACGAAGAGCUGUCCAUGGCCCUGUCCUACCUGCAGGAUACAACCUUUCGCAUCUACAUUAAAGAAAAGAAGGAGUACAAACACGGACAGGACAAGGCCGCGGGUGUUGUCCAUCCAAACAUCGUCUGUGAUGCCUGCAGCGGCCCCGUGAUUGGCCCUCGCUACAAGUGCUCUGUCUGCUCUGACUAUGAUCUGUGUGGCAGCUGCAAGGGCAAGGGCUUCCACAAGGAGCACGAGAUGAUUCUCUUGCAGACUCCGCAGUGCUUCCAUCCAUUUGAGCGGAUUCCCAGGGGAAUGUGGUUUCACAAGAGGAGGAACGGAGGUCCAUGUCGCUGGGCUAUGGCACAAGAUUCCUUUGCCCAAAUUGCAUCGUGCAUCAACAAACAGCAGUCACCAGCAGCAGAGCCAACCCCAGCUGAGCAAGGUACAGCUACUGAGUCCUUGAGCCAAGACAAGCAUGUCAGUUAUCUGCAGGGUGUGGGCCGAAACGUGGCUGCAAUGUUGAGCCCUCUGGGUAUUGAUGUCGACAUUGAUGUGGAACAUGGGGGCCAGCGGUUUAAAGCUGCUGGAUACUCCAUUAACCGCCAGGCUGAGUCUGCAGAGAGUGGCACCUGCCCUGAUCUUCUGACUGCCAACCAGGGCGAGGCAAGGGGGACCUCCAGCCUGGAGCAGAGUGAAGCAGUUCUAAUGGACGUAGAACAGUCUGCCCUAAAUCCACGUUCCUCGGUGGAUCUUACCCCAGUACAAGGGGAGUCCAAGUCUGCCAGUGUUGACAGCAACAGUGAGGAGGAAUGGACUCACCUGUCACCCAAAGGGGUUGAUCCAUCUACUGGAGAGUUGCUGUCCAUGCAGCAUCUUCAUCUGGAGGAAGUGCAGUCGUCAGGCCUGCGACCAGACCCCGAGUUGUAUGAACAGGUAUCCACUGGACUGAGGGAGGCAGCUGAGUACCCUCACCUUCCACAGGACGCUGAACCUCGGCUGAUAGAAGCCCUUUCUCAGAUGCUGUCCAUGGGUUUCCAUGAUGACGAAGGCUGGUUGACCAGGCUCCUGCAAGCCAAGCAGUGUGACAUCGGCGCAGCUCUCGAUGCAAUGCAGCCUGCAAAGGGGCCGGCUCGCCAGUGAGGCAGAGAAGAUGCACGCACAGCAACAUCUAAAUUCUUGUGCUGCUGCUGCAAUAUUAUUCAGGCUGUUGCACUUUCUUUUAAUGGAUUGUAAUCAUACUCACUCAUGCUUAAACCAUUCUGCUUUGGGGAAUCUCUUGGCAGGGACUUAGUCAACAUUUAAUUAGGUGCCUGGAACUUUCCCACUUUCAGUUACUUUCUUGGAUUUAUUUUUAGUUAUAGAUGCAAUUUGAGGUCACCCGAACUAUCUGGUAUUGUGCAUAAUAAUAAAAAAAAAACUCCUUGUAUGAGAGAAAUUCAAAUGGUUGGUUUUAUAUCUUGUAUAAUUUUACUUCACUCUACUAUUUCCAAUAGUGUAUUCUGAAUCCACUCUCCUCUCCCAUCAGAUUCCUUCUUCAGCCCUUCAAGCCCUCCCAGCUUCCCUAUCACCCCCCCCAGCUUGUACCCCUUCCCUUCCCCUCACUUAUUCUGUCUUCCUCCUUCCUUUCCAGACCUAAUGAAAGGUCUCUGCCUGAAACAGUUUAUUUCCCCUCCUGACCCGUUGAGUUCCUCCAGCAUUUUGUUUGUGUUUGUUACUGUAUUGUGGGGCCAGUCACUCAACAAAGUAACUGAUUCCUCCAUUACUGAAAGCAACUAUUCACAGUUCAGUAGCUGCUGUUGGUUAAUGGGUGAGAUGAAGAUUGCGUGGAAACAGUUGCUUACUGGUGAAUGGUAGCACUGAUGUACAGGAAUUUAUUUUUUGUUUUGUUUCUUUGUUCAAGUUGUCAGUACCAUAAUCUCAAAAUAAGAGGGACCAGUCUCCAAGGGAAGAGAGAGAAACAUGUUUGGAUAGCGCUCAAGCCCGAAGCAAUGUGAAUUGAAACAUUUCUGUGUAAUUGCAGGCAGGUUCAAUACAGCAGUGUAUCUGUCCUGUCAUGGCUACAGACCAGAGGAGGGAGACUGCAUGUUAAACAAUGGCUGGAACAAUUAAAUAGUACCUUCCCUCUACAACAAUCAGAAUCAGGUUAUCACUGACUUGUGUUGUGAUAUUAUUGUCUUGAGGCAGCAGUACAAUGUAAUACAUAAGUAGACUAUAAAUUACAAUAAGAAUUGUACAUUAUGCAAGACUGUCCAAAGUGCUUCCCAAUACAAACAUCAAACAAUAGUUGACAAUAAACCACAUGAGGAAUUAACUGGAGCUCAGAGCUGGGCUGUCAAGAACAAGGCAGAUGGGAUAAUUUCAGAGUUUGGCAUUUUAGCAACUGAAGUCACAGCUACAAUUUAAAACCAGGCAAGUAAGAAGCCAGAAAGGAGUGAACCCAUCAUAAAAUUGGAAUGGAAGGGUGUGAAACAAGGACCAGAAAUUGAAACAUCUGUUGGUGAAAUGAGCAGUGGCCACCAAAGAAGUAAGCACAUGAGAGGAAAAAUGGAGGGCUAUGGGAAAGAAAGGGUUAGAUUGAUAUUGCAGUAGGUUAUAAUAUCAAUAUAAUGUUGUGGGACAAAGGGCCUGAUGUGAGGCAGACCCAUGUAUAACCUCCAGAAAUGUCAGGGCAGGUACCUGCAAGCUACAGAGAAGGGGUUAAUUACAGAUUCUGGGCACUAUUGAUGGGCAUCUCACUCUGGUCUAAAACAACUUGUGUACGUCUCUCCCUGAAGUUUCCUGCAUUUUACUUAAAGCCCUGCUCAGCCUAAUUCAGCAUCAGAAUCUCUAUUUGUUUUCUUGUUCCUAGCAAUAAACUGAUGCAUUUUAAAAAGCAAAAUGGAGAGUUAAAGUUUGUAAAUUGUUUUAUUAUUGUUAAACAUGUACUGAGAUAGUGGAAAAAUUUGCAUGCAGACAAUAAGGUAGAUUGUACUAUGCAACUGUUCAAUGGACUUUUAACAGAAUAAAAGCUGUUCUUGA